AUGUUUUCGAAGUUGUCAGUCCUCCUUGUGUGCCUGUUUGUGGCCAAUAGCCUAGCUCUGACCCUCAAUCUCGACGGCAAACACUUAUUCCAUCUAUCCCUGAAGAACCAUGUGAAAAUCCAACGGCUGCAGGUGGAAACCGAAACGUUGGCGGACGCUCACCAGGAUAAAACGACAAUUUGCUUUAACCAUUACACGCCAAUCCUCAGCAACUUGACCAAGCAGUACGAGAACGAUUAUAAUGUGUGUUACGACAACUAUGACAAUGCUAGCGAAAUUAUCGAUGCCAAAUACGCCCCAGCCCGUAAUCAUUUCCAAAAUACCAUCCUUGAAUCAUGCAAGUCCCUCUAUGGAUGCAAUGUGAAUUCAACCAGUAAUUAUACAGCUUUCGACUGUAUUGCCGAACAUGCCGCGAAUCAGUCAAAGGCCCUCUACAACCUAUCGGCCAAUGCCACCGAUAUCUCUGCCAAAAUUAAGGAGGAAUAUCGUGUAAUUGAUGUCCAGAAAGAAAUUUGUAUUAACAAUGCCGAAUGGAUUUACGUGGUCGAGACUGCAGACACAUAUGAAGAGUUGAAUGCCUGCCUAAGGGGUGAUCUAAUUAUCUCAACUCCUGGUCCUAAUUCAACUACUACAAUUUCAACAACUACCACAACUACUGCAAGGCCUAUUGAGCGUACAACAAUUCCUUAAUAAUGUAACACAGGCGUUAAAACAGUUUGAAAAUACGUUCAUAAAUAGUUUUCUGAGGAUUAUAUUUUAAAUGUUUUACUUAUUCCAAAUAAACUAAUGAGUUCUAUUGCA